UCUACAGCAGUGGGUAAUUCAUUGGUCCAUAAGCGGUCUCCUUUACGUCGAAGCCAUAAGACCUCAGCAUCUCUGACCAAGCUGUCGUUACGUGAUGGACAGAAAGCCAAAAAGCCACUGUGUAAAUUUGAAGAAGGUCAGGAUGUCCUAGCUAGAUGGUCAGAUGGAUUGUUUUAUCUUGGAACUAUCAAAAAGAUAAACAAACUGAAACAGAACUGCUUCAUUAUAUUUGAAGACAGUUCCAAAUCCUGGGUUCUCUGGAAGGACAUACAAACAGGAGCCACUGAAAGUGGGGAAAUGGUCUGUACAAUAUGUCAGGAAGAGUAUUCAGAAGCACCAAAUGAAAUGGUUAUAUGUGACAAAUGUGGGCAAGGUUAUCAUCAGCUGUGUCACACACCAAAUAUUGAUUCCAGCGUGAUUGAUUCAGAUGAUAAAUGGCUCUGUCGACAGUGUGUUUUUGCAACAACAACAAAGAGGGGUGGUGCACUUAAGAAAGGACCAAAUGCCAAAGCACUGCAAGUCAUGAAACAAACAUUACCAUAUAAUGCAACAGACCUUGAGUGGGAUGCAGGUCAUAAGACCAACGUCCAGCAGUGUUACUGCUACUGUGGAGGACCUGGAGACUGGUAUCUAAAGAUGUUGCAGUGCUGCAAAUGUAAGCAGUGGUUUCACGAGGCUUGUGUGCAGUGCCUCCAAAAGCCAAUGCUUUUUGGUGACAGGUUUUAUACAUUCAUUUGCUCAGUUUGCAGUUCUGGACCGGAAUACCUCAAACGUUUACCUUGAAGAUGGGUAGAUAUAGCACAUCUAUGCCUUUACAACCUAAGUGUUAUUCAUAAGAAGAAAUACUUUGAUUCGGAGCUUGAACUCAUGGCCUACAUUAAUGAAAACUGGGAUAGAUUGCAUCCUGGUGAACUGGCAGAUACACCAAAAUCUGAAAGAUAUGAGCAUGUACUGGAGGCAUUAAAUGAUUACAAGACCAUGUUUAUGUCUGGAAAAGAAAUAAAGAAAAAGAAGCAUUUGUUUGGCUUGAGAAUUCGUGUUCCUCCUGUGCCACCAAAUGCUGCUUUAAAGGCUGAGAAAGAACCAGAAGGAACUUCUCAUGAGUUCAAAAUUAAAGGCAGAAAAUCAUCUAAACCAAUCCCUGAUGUGAGGGAAUUAAGUAAUGGUAUAGAAAGAAAGGGAAAAAAAAAAUCAGUAGGUCGUCCACCUGGUCCCUAUACAAGAAAAAUGAUUCACAAAACUCCAGAGUCGUCUUCUCUGGAUAAUGAACCAGUUCCAGUGAUAGAGAACCCAGCCUUGGAAUUACCCUGCACUGUUGGGAAAUCUGAUGGAACUGCACAUUCAUCCAAUACCUCAGAUGUGGAAUCCACAGGUGCUGCCAGUAUGAAAGAAACUACCUCAUCUAGCAUUUCCAGACAUUAUAGCUUAUCUGACUCGAGAAAAAGGACUCGUACAGGAAGAACUUGGCCUGCUGCAAUACCACAUUUGAGAAGAAGAGGUCGCUUUCCACGAAAAGCACUCCAGACUCAAAAUUCAGAAAUUGUAAAAGAUGAUGAGAGCAAGGAAGAUUACCAGUAUGAUGAACUUAAUACAGAGAUACUUAACAACUUAGCAGAUCAGGAGUUACAGCUCAAUCAUCUGAAGAACUCGAUUACUAGUUAUUUUGGUGCAGCAGGUAGAAUAGCUUGUGGGGAAAAAUACCGUGUUUUGGCUCGUCGGGUGACACUUGAUGGAAAGGUGCAGUAUCUUGUGGAGUGGGAAGGAGCAACUGCAUCCUGACUGUAGGACUGAACAUUAUGUUCACUGCACUGUCAUCUGUAAGUACAGUUCAUAAUGCAGAGCCAUGAGAGAAGUGUGUCUUUAAAUGUGUUUCUAAAAACAAAACAAAACCAGUUUAGCCUUAACAUGUAAUUGUUAUCAUUACAACUCUUGUGAUAAAGACUUAUCUUUUUAAAAUCUGAUCUGAAACUUAAAUUUUUUAAUCUGAACAUUGUUAGAUUGUUUUAGGUUGGGAUAUUUUGGGUUACAAUUGCUUAAAAAUGUGCAUGGUGUUU